CAGUGCGUUCUUUAGAUUUCAUUUUCUCGUGAAAGGAUUUUGUGAUUCGGCUUGAAACUCGUGUGCGGUUUUGUUUCUUUCUUUUUCCGAUAGUACCCUAAGAGAAACUAUGAUCUUUCAAGGAAACGGAGCGAAUGGUUUGAGGAGGCGAGGUCGUCAAACGUACACCAGGUAUCAAACGCUAGAACUGGAAAAGGAAUUCCACACGAAUCAUUACUUGACAAGGCGGCGACGUAUAGAAAUGGCGCACGCACUUUGUCUAACGGAACGACAGAUCAAAAUCUGGUUUCAAAAUCGACGGAUGAAACUAAAAAAAGAAAUCCAGGCGAUCAAGGAACUCAACGAGCAGGAAAAGCAGGCACAGGCGCAAAAAGCAGCAGCGGCGGCUGCCGCGGCCGCCGGUCAAGUUGAUCCGAACUGAACCAGCAUCAACUCCUCUUCUUCGUCUUACUGCUAAGGGAAGAUGAGGAAGUGCAGCUGCGACUAUGCUUCAA